CUUUCUUACACGUAUGUAUAACGCAUACACUAGCGCAUGUUUUUCUAUGUGUUUACGUGUUUUUUAUUCAUUCUGAUUAUCUUUGAAAACAAAGUGAAAGCCCGGUUUUAGUUGUUAGUAUCUCGUAGUUUCAAAGUCCAAGGGCACGGAGAUUCAGAAGGAAACUGAGUUUGCUAUUAUCAAAUUUAAUAAUAAAUGUGUGUAUGUGUUGGAAGUGAAUAGUACUACAAGUAAUUAAUAAUAUAACUUACUCAGUCUCAGUUGGCUACGAAAUUUCGAGUGAGAUAGUUGUGAGCGACGCUGAAUCUAAAGUCCAAACAUGGCCAGUGCUGUAAGGGGCAAAGUUCUAAAAGUUCUAAACAAGAAGAAGAAUGGCAUUGUGUCUAUUGUAGUGAGACAAAAGAGUUCCAAUACUCCAGAAAAAAAAGUUCUAACAUCAGCAUUCAAAGAUAUUCCGAUGACCAGUUACACAGCCAAUGACUUUGUUUGGCAGAACUUGGACCGAUGGCCUGACAAAACUGCUACUGUUUGCGCAGUGACAGGUCGCGGUUACACAUAUGCGCAAACGCACAAGAUGUCCAUAGCUUUUGCUGCCUCCUUGCGGACAAAAUUAAAACUGCAGAACGAUGACAAAAUCGCGAUAGUUUUGCCAAACACACCGGAGUAUCCCGUCACUGUACUGGGUGUAUUGCAAGCUGGCUGCAUAGCUAGUAUGAUGAAUCCUGUUUAUACUGCUGAGGAAUUAAAAAGGCAAAUCGAAUUGGUAAAAUGCAAAGCAGUGAUUACAUCGAAGAUUUCUUACGCAAACAUCAAACAGGCGUUAACAGAACUGAAGAUGAACAUACCAGUAAUUUUAAUAGACAAUGACGAUUUACCUGAAGGCACCAUAAAGUUCGCAGAAUUUGCGCAAGACUUUAGUUUGGACACGAAUUGUUUGAAAGCUGUGAAAAGAGGUCCUAAAGAUUUGGCUAUAUUACCUUUUUCGAGUGGCACUACUGGGUUCCCUAAAGGCGUAGUGUUGACCCAUGAAAGUGUUGUUGCCAUGAACCAACAGAUUGCUGAUCCAGAGAUUAUUGCUAUACAGGAAACCACUGACACCAAUCAAGCAGUUUUACCAGCCAUCCUUCCAUUCUUCCACAUAUUCGGGUUCAAUGUUCUGAUGAUGAACCAGAUGGCGCUGGGGUGCAAAUUAGUCACAAUGCCGUACUUCAAACCUGAACUAUUUCUUCAGACUCUCGUUCAACAUAGGGCUGAAGUUUUGUUCUUGGUACCACCUAUGGUGAUUUUCCUGGGAAAGCAUCCAGCUGUGACUCCGAAACACUUGGAGUCAGUGUACGGUAUUGUUAGCGGUGCUGCACCCAUCUCCAAAGGGGAUGCCGAAGCUGUUAUCCAGAAAAAUAAAAACAUCGUGUUCCGUCAGGGCUACGGUUUGACGGAGACCAAUGGAGCUAUUUCAGUGGGCAAGAACGAUGACUCGAACCACGCUUCAGUUGGCCACAUACUGGGUAAUAGCGAGGUGAAAAUUGUUGACCUCAACACACGGGAAGCUCUGGGACCAGGAGAGGCAAGCGAAAUCUGGUACCGAGGUCCAAACCUAAUGACGAGUUACUAUGAAAAUGAGGAAGCAACAAAGGAGGUUUUGACCGAAGAUGGCUGGUACAAAACCGGAGACAUUGGGCGAUAUGACGAGAACAAAUAUUUAUACGUCACUGACAGGCUAAAGGAACUUAUUAAGGUAAAAGGAUUCCAAGUACCACCAGCAGAACUAGAAAUGGUGUUACGAACACAUCCGAAAAUUCUCGACUGUGCCGUCCUGGGUAUACCAGACCCAAUCUCAGGCGAAGUCCCCAAAGCCUUCGUUGUACCUCAACCAGGACAAACUCUGAAAGAAGAAGAAAUAUUAGAGCAUGUUAACACUAAAGUCACAAUCUUCAAGAAGAUAAAACAAGUACAGUUUGUUAAUGAAAUCCCUAAGAAUCCCGCAGGUAAGAUUCUUAGGAAACAGCUGAAGGAAAUGUAUUGUUAGCAUUUUAAGGUGUAGAACGGUAGAUAUCAUAUUAUGUAAUUAAGAAUGGUUGUGAAGUCAAAAUGUAAGUAUGGUACCCAUGCGUAUCAAUGUUAUUGUUGUUGCAUUUAAGUAUUCAUGCAGAAUUUUAAACUUGAAAGUGUACAUUUGGCUUGUGUGUCUAACUUUGGUUGUGACAGCACUGCCUUAGUAGUUCCGCGGCGUACCGAUAGAUGCCUCUGUGCCGUGACGUCAUUUUCUGAAUCGCGGUGUUAAGAUUCUCCGCGAAUGAAUGACCCUCCUCGGUUUUCAAUUCACUAGUAUCGCUUCUCGGCCUUUUGGCUAAGAUCAAAGUGUAGUAACUGUUCUUUUCAGCUUAAUAUCUGAAAGUUCCCUCACUGAGGGACCAGUAUAUUAAACUGAUUUUUGGAAGUUGAUGGGAUGUUCGGGGCUCGCUCCACUCCUGUCACGGGUCGGCCCGGCAUUGCAGUGCCGCCGGGAUCGGCCCACAGAAAUACAUGAAAAACUGUGAUACAGACCAAGUCUGCGUCUAAAAUGCAUAUUGAUUUAUCAAAAUACAUUAUAAAUCAUAAAUAAACUUAAUUCUCAAUCUUACUAUGUUAAUAAUCACGUAAACUCUAUUCCUUGUUAAAAAUUUUGUUACAAAAGUAAUUGUUAAAGAUUGGGUAACAAUUAACUUCUCUGAAUGCGACGAUUUGUGGUUUUUGUCGAGGGGAACUUGAAGAAAUGAGUAUUCGUUAUGUACCUACAUCAAAGAUUUUCUUUGACCUUUGGCAUAUUAUACAUAUCGUUACAAUUACAUUCGUAUUUUUUACAAUCUUAGUGUUAAGGUUUUUCUAAUGCGAAUUGCAUUUUUGAUCAUUUUGUGCGUUUAAUAAUUUUAUUAUUAAUGUUUAGAUGGUUUCCAUUGUAAUUAGUCAAUUUAAAAUAUUUUUAAGUAUUAUCGCUGUAUUAUGAUUUUAUGAAUUUUAAGUAAAGUUUAUUAUUGUUUUAGCAUAAGAUAAAAUACUUGUGAAUCAAAAUCAGUCAAUCAAUAAGAUUCUUAUACUUUAGUAAUUGAAUGGGUUUAUUAUUUGCAAUACAACUAGUCUAUCUAUUAAAAUUUGUUAUUUUUGAUCGAGUUUAUUUUACGAAUAUACAUGUAUUGUAUUCAAUACAUUUUAUUUCCCUGGAAAUCAGUUACGGGAUGCGCAAUAUUUUACGUAAUUUUAGUUGGAAAAGAUAAUACCUAUUACAUUUUAAUGCCUUCCACUUCGUAGACAAUAAAGUCAGUAUUUCCUUAAAACAAAAAAGAAUAUUCGAAAAGAUUGUCAAUUGCCAAAAUCAAACAAUGUGCCUUAAAAGUUAUUGUUGUUGAAAAGAU